AUGAGUGGUGUCACUGCUGGUUCCUCGGGGCAGUGCAGUGGUCCAAAUGCGAGGACUGAGCCUCCAUCAGGAGCUGUGGUCGUCGACGCCUCUGGUGCUUACAACGGGAGCUUCAAGACCGUUGUGGAGGGCGUUGCCAACCUACCAAACUCGACGGCAGGACAGACGCUGUUCAUAUUCCCGGGCGUGUACAACGAGCAAGUGUCGGUACCGAAACUGGCAGGACCGCUGCUACUGCAGGGCUACACGUGUGACACAACUUCGUACGCUGCGAACGAGGUGACUAUCACCCAGGCGAAGGCUCAGAAGGACAUCCCACCUGAGAUCGAGAACAACCGCAACUAUCUCACGAGUACGUUGGGUCUCAAGUCGAGCAAAGUGAAGGUGUACAAUCUCAAUGUUGCCAAUACCGUGGGUAAAGUCGAGAAGAACGGCCAAGGGGUUGCUAUCUAUGCCGAUGGGGCCGACUAUGGCUUCUACGCCUGCAACUUUACCGGGUACCAGGACACUGUGUGUGCCAACAAGGGUCGUGAGCUGUACGCUAAGUCGUACAUCAGUGGUGCUGUCGACUUUGUGUUUGGCCAAAGAGCCAUGGCGUGGUUCGAGUCUUGCGACAUUGAGUCGAUCGGAGAAGGUUGGAUCACUGCCAACGGCAACGCCAACGCUACCGUCACUUCCGAGUACGUUUUCAACAACGCUCGCGUGUUCGGCAAUGGCUCAACCUACUUGGGUCGUCCGUGGCGCCCCUUUGCCCGCGUGGUGUGGCAGAACAGCGAGCUGGGAGACAUUGUUAACCCGGAAGGUUGGGCGGCCUGGGACGAAUCUACCAGUACAGCCGACGUUUACUUGAAGGAGUUUAACAACAAGGGACCCGGAGCAGCAAUCGAUCAACGGGUGGCCUUCAGUGGACAACUGGAUGCGGCUGUGGCGAUCAAGGACAUCCUCGGAGAGAACUUCGAGUCCGAAUGGUGGGUUGACACCACCUUCUUGUGA